AUGACGCUGGGCAAGCGCGGCAGGCCGCGCGGCAUCCCGGUCCUUAGGACGGAGGCGACCACGGCGGGUGUCACGUUCGACGUCGGCGUCCCCGAGGUGGCGGCGCCGCCCAAUCCGCUGGCGGCGAUGGUCGGAGGUGAAUUCAGCAGCGGGUACAACAGCUUGCUGCCGCCGAGGUGCUUGGGGAACAACUUUUCCGGCGGCGGCGAGCAUUUCGAGACGGCUGAUUUCUUGAAGAUCUGCGGCCGCUGCCACCGCCGGUUGGCCCCCGGCCAUGAUAUCUAUAUGUAUCGGGGUGACAGUGCAUUUUGUAGCCUAGAAUGUAGAGAGCAACAAAUGAAGCAAGAUGAGAGAAAAGAGAGAGUUGUAGGCAUGGCCAGAAAAGGCGAAAGCCGCUUGCCGGAAAUGGCAGCUUCCGGCACCGGAGCUAGCACAAGGGCAUCGACCACAACCGAUGUAGCCAGCUUCUGA